AUGUGUCACAGAGCCCCGCCAGACUACAGUCUAAAUACCUACAUGGGCAUCCACCUGGGCAUUGAGAAAUUGGAGGCGGUGAUUCUGAAUUCCAAAUUUGAGCUGAUGCAUAAUGCUGUGGUACGCUAUGAUGUCGACUUACCGGAAUACAAAACCCAAAAGGGUGUCAACCCCGGCGUGGAUCUCGAUCAAUUUGAGGUGAAUCCCGUGAUGUAUAUCAAGGCAUUGCACAUACUGUUCAAUUGUCUGGUGUCGCAGGGCGCCGAUUUAUAUAAGGUGGCAGCCAUCGCUGGUGCAGCACAUCAUCAUGGCGCCAUAUAUUGGUCCUUGGCCGGUUUCCGUGCGCUCUGUGGCCUAACUGCAUUGACGAGCCUGCACGAGCAGCUGACGGAAAAAUGUUUCACUUUGCGCUCCCUUUAUUGGGUGAAUGAUGAUUGCAUUCACACUCAGUGCAGGGCGAUAGAAAAAGCAGUUGGUGGCGCUAGAAAACUGAAAAAAAUCACCGGAUCUCAUGCAUUCGCCGGCUUGACUGGCCCUGAGAUACGUAAUGUUCAUGUGACCUAUCCGGACGAAUACCAAAGAACAGUUCGCAUAUCGCUAAUAAGCAGCUUCCUGGCAUCGCUGCUGACUGGCACAAUGGCAUCCAUUGACCACUCUGACGGCUCGCUAAUGAAUCUCUUGGGCAUACAUGAGAAAGAGUGGUCGAAAGUCCUCUUGGAGGCUUGUGCACCAGAAUUAGCAUCACGGCUCAUGCCGCCGAUCGCCACGAAUCGACUGCAGGGACGCAUUAACAAGUACUAUGUGACUCGCUGGAAGUUUAGAUCCGACUGCAUGAUUGUUGCGGCCACCAACAGCAAUUCCAGCUUGUUGGCCAGCAUCAAGGAUCAGGAGAAUGUUAUUAUUCUAUCGCUCAGCCAGCACGACAUGAUCAUACUGCCAACUAAGGAAUGCAGUGUCGAAGAAGAGGGACAAACCAUGUGCCAUCCAACCAUUCCGAAUGCAUACAUGAACUUCUUCCGAUUCCCCAAUGGCGGCCUAGUGCGAGAGCGAAUCUGCCAGGAAGUGGCCAACGGCAACUGGACGCAAUUCGAUGAAAUGUUGGCCGACACGCCCAUCGGCAAUGAGGGUAACAUUGCAAUUCAUUUUGAUGAAAUGGAGCUGACACCCAAGGCACAAGGCACUCUGCGCUGGGACAGUGCCAUCUCUGAGCUAGCUACCGAGGCACUAACCGGACGACAGCGAUUCGAGCCGCGGUUCGAGGCCCGAGCGGUCAUCGAGGCUCAAAUGAUGCAUCACUGUGGAAUUAUCGUCGGUACCGGGUUCAUCAUAGACAGCAAUACCAGAAUUAUUGCCAUUGGCGAGCACUCUAGCAACAGCAGCAUACUCCAGAUUGCAGCCGACGUCUUCAAUGCGCCCGUCUACCGGUAUGAAAUGCCCGCUGAUCCGCGCCUCAUGGGAGCCGCCUAUCGAGCCCGCUACGCCUUCUAUGAGUAUCGUGAGGUCAAUUGCAAUUGCUGCAAGUGCAAAAUACGCCAUGGCAGUCAGCCGCAACUCAGCUACUCUGAGUUCAUUCAAAACUCUCCAGAUUACUUGAAGCUGGCGACCGAGCCAGCUCCUAACUGUGACAAGAUCUACGCCCCACUAAAGGACCGUUACGCACAAAUGCUACGGCAACUGGCAGCCAGCAAGCCUAUCCACGAAGCCCGCUUCGAAGGCGACCCGAACGUAUUACGACAACUUUGA